AGCGGCGCGGGCGAACACGAUACGUCUGCCUGUUGUGGACGCCUAUUAUAACGUCGACGAACCCAUUUCCGACGUUUGAUGCUGCAUAGCAUCGUUUGCAUUCCGCACGACUUCUGCUGUUAUCCUGGAGUGUAAUUGUAUGAGGAAAGCAUGCCGAGGGAUAUUAGGAGCUUCUUUGGAGGCGGGCCAGCGAAGGCGUCUUCGCAGCAGGAGGAUGAGAAACCCGCAGCGACAAAAGCAGCACCGAAGAAGAAAACCACUCGUCCAGCUCGAGUAAUUGAGGACUCUGACGAUGAUGAAAAGGUCGAGGAGGUAAAACCAAAGAAGGCCAGUCCUAGAAAGCCCCCGCCCAAGAAACCGAAACGUGAGCCGUCGCCCGAGCUAGAAGAGACGACCACCUCAGCGUUCUUCGCCAGCAAGAACAAACCGAAACGAUCCGAACCAGUGAAGGCAAAGAAGCCGGCUGCGUCCCCCAAGAAAGCUACUCCGCAAGCGACACCUGUUAAGUCGAAUGGUACGACUGGUGGCAGGGGAUCUGCACGAGGGAAAAAGGUUGUCAGCUAUGCGGAGCGAGACGAUGAGGAUGAAUUCCCGGAUGACGAUCUCGAAGUGGCUGAUGACAUCUUUGGGGAUGAUUAUAAGAGACAUGGCAAGAAGGAUGAUUAUGUCGAGGUGGCUGAUAGUGCUGAUGAAGAUGCACCAAUUCCCUUACCGCACCGCGGGACCCCAAAGCAUCCGGCGCAGAAGCAGAAGAAGAUCAAGGAUGAAGAUGACUUUGAGCCUGAUGACGAGGAUGUCGACAUGAAGGAUGUGGAUGCUGAGGAUGACUUCAUGGAGCCGGAGGAGGAGGAGCGAGCGGUGACGAGCAAGCCUAAGAAAUCCUCAGUCGUUGGCCGAAAGCGCAAAACUCCAGAAGAGGACGAAGAGGAGGAAGAAGCCGAGGCGCCGAAGAAGACUCCUGCUAAAAAGGCCACUCCUGCAAGAGCAAGAGCCCCGGCGAAGAAGAAGGCUAAGACAGCGGACGCACCAGAAGAUGCUGGAGUGCAAGCCAUCUACGACAGCAUUCCUCUGGUACGGGCGCCUACGCCGCCUCCCAAGGAAGAGGGCGCCAAAUUCGACUGGCGAGCGACCAGAGGGCAUGGAGAUGCAGGCCCAGCGAGCGGAUUCUCAGGCGAAAUGCCCUCUGGAACCGAAACUUGUCUCGCCGGGCUCAGCUUCGUGUUCACGGGCGUUUUGGACAAGUGGGGUCGAGAGGAAGCGCAAGCUCUGGUCAAGCGUCAUGGCGGAAAGAUUACAGGGGCUCCCAGUAGGAAGACGGACUAUGUCGUACUUGGGAACGACGCCGGUCCUAGCAAGUUGGCGAAGAUUCGGGACAUGAACAUCAAGACUAUCAAUGAGGAAGGGCUUACCCAGCUCAUCCUGAAACUGUCCGCACGGGAUGGCGCCGGCAGCUCGAAGGCACAAGCCGCAGCCCUAGAGAAGCAGCGCAAGGAGGAGGAGAAAAUCCGAGAGCAGGCUGCGCUGAUGGAGAAAGAAGAGCAACAGCGAUUGAAGGCUGCGGCAGCCGCUAAAAAGGGGAGUUCUGCUGCCGCUGGCAAGGCGGAGGAACCAGCUGUGGAUUCUCGGUUGUGGACUGUCAAGUACGCUCCUACAAACCUCAACCAGAUCUGCGGUAACAAGGCCACGGUCGAGAAGCUUCAAAGGUGGCUUCAGAGAUUUCCAAAGAGCCAGAAAACGGGCUUUAAGCUUGCGGGCCCCGAUGGAAGUGGUGUGUUCAGAGCGGUUAUGCUUCACGGUCCUCCUGGUAUUGGUAAAACCACAGCAGCGCAUCUGGUUGCCAAGUUGGAAGGCUAUGAUAUUGUCGAAAGCAACGCCAGUGACACACGCAGCAAGAAGCUUGUUGAGGAAGGCCUUCGCGGUGUCCUGAGUACCACGUCCUUGCUUGGAUAUUUCGCCGGGGAUGGGAAGAAGGUCGAGCAGUCGAGGAAGAAGCUUGUCCUAAUCAUGGACGAGGUUGAUGGAAUGUCAGCAGGGGACCGAGGUGGUGUCGGCGCUUUGGCUGCAGUGUGCAAGAAGACGGAGAUUCCGAUGAUUUUGAUCUGCAAUGACAGGCGGCAGCCCAAGAUGAAGCCUUUUGACUAUGUUACCUUCGACCUGCCUUUCCGUCGACCGACCGUGGAUCAAAUACGAUCGCGGAUCAUGACCAUUGCCUACCGAGAGGGACUGAAGAUGCCGGCGCCUGUUGUCAAUGCUCUGGUUGAGGGCAGCAACGCCGAUAUUCGACAAGUGGUCAACAUGAUAUCAACUGCGAAGAUGGACAAGGAGGCUAUGGAUUUCGACAAGGGCAAGGAGAUGUCGAAAGCGUGGGAGAAGCACGUCAUUUUGAAGCCGUGGGAUAUCACGCACAAGAUCCUUGGGGGCGGCAUGUUCGCUUCCAGCAGCAAGGCGACACUGAACGACAAGAUUGAACUCUACUUCAACGACUUUGAGUUCAGUCCCCUCAUGCUUCAGGAGAAUUAUCUCGGCACGCAACCAAUCCGAGCCGCCAGCUACAGCGGCCAGGAACGGAAACUCAAGCUGCUUGAGCUCGCCUCCGAAGCCGCCGAUAGCAUCAGCGAUGGAGACCUUGUCGACCGGAUGAUCCACGGAUCUCAGCAGCACUGGUCUCUCAUGCCCACCCAUGCCGUGUUCAGCUUUGUUCGGCCGGCCAGCUUCGUCGCCGGUAGCUUGGCCGGCAACCAAACGCGCUUCACCUCUUGGCUUGGCAGGAACAGCAACCAGCAGAAGUUGACGCGUAUGGUGAAGGAAAUCCAAGCUCAUAUGCGUUUGCGGUCUUCGGGCGACCGACAUGAGGUUCGGCAGAAUUACAUUCCUGUCUUUUGGACGCAGCUCGUCAAGCGAUUGGAGGACGAAGGGAAAGAUGCUGUACCAGAGAUUAUCGACUUGAUGGACAGCUACUUCUUGACGAAGGACGACUUUGAUGCGAUCAUGGAGUUGGGCGUGGGGCCGAUGAGCCAAGAGAAUGUCAAGAUUCAGUCGCAGGCGAAGUCGACUUUUACGAGAUUGUAUAAUCAACAGUCUCAUCCACUGCCGUUCAUGAAGGCCAGCCAGGUUGUGGCGCCCAAAAAGGCCACCAAGGAGAAGCCCGACCUUGAGGAAGCUCUUGAAGAAUCCGACGAAGGUGAAGUCAUUGACGAGAUCAAGGAGGAUGAUGAGGAUGUGGAUAUCAGCAAGGACAAGUACGUCAAGCAGCCUAAGAAGAAGGCGCAGCCGCAGAAGUCAAGGGGCAAGAAGAAGGCUGAUGAGGAGGACGAUGAAGAGAGUGAGGAGGAGGUUAAGCCUAAAGGAAAAGGCAAAGGAAAGGCCGCGGCUGGGAAGGGAAGGAAGAAGUAGGGGACGGUAGCGGGGCGGAGGACAUCAAGGGCAUAGGAUAAGGAGUAAGGUGUCCUUCAGGGUUUACUAGGGUUGCAAGCUUAUGUUCAGCUGAGUUAGGCUUGAGUAUGCCUAUUUGAGGAUAGGCGUGGAUAGCCCGUCAUCUGUAUACCGCGGCUGUAUUUUCUUCAAGAAGUUCAUCAAUGGAUUACAUCAUGCUAAGGCUCC